CCACAUUUAGGGAUGAAAGUGGGACAAUGGCCCAUCAUCUAGUAUAUAUGCGUGAACAACAAAUUAUACUAUUUUGCCAAAAAAAUAAAAUUGUUCUCAGUGAUCUCUCUUGUUGUUGGUGUGUAAUAUUUGAUAUUUUGAUUCUUCCUUUCUGCAGUAGUCCACCUUCCACAACAAGUGACAGCACUAGUCAGCAAGGACCACUCAUUGAUUCAUUGUUUUGUUGAUAUAAAAAUGCAGUACUGAGCUAGCUAGCUACUUCCCUUUUCAAUAUCCCUGUAGCCUUUAACCAUUAUCUGUCCGUGCCAGUAUCACGCUCAACCCUACCCCUCCUUCCUUCCUCUUUAUCCUCUCCCUCUUAAUGUUUUUGUUCCUUUCUUCAGCACGCACCCUGCGUGAAGAAUUAAUACCGCAGAGCCGUAACAGCAUCUGCAAAACCUGACAGUGAAAAAAGAUAACCACCUUUUACAAAUUCGAAGAGUCAAACGAGUGAGUUAAAGAUCAAGAUCCCUCUACCAACCCCAAAACCAUUCAUUCAUUACACUCAAGAGUCAAGACAGACAACAACACCAACAACAUUCACUCACUCUCCACCCAAAUCCCUCAACAUUUAACAAUGCUUGAAACAGUUAGAUACCUCAUCGGUUCGGUAGGCCCCAGCGGCUUCGGGUCCAAAACCACCGCCGAACAAGUCACUGGAAACUGCUCCGAUCUCCGCUCCAUCACCGCCAUCAUCACCGGUGCUACGUCGGGAAUCGGAGCUGAAACGGCGCGCCUGUUGGCGAAGCGCGGGGCGAGGUUGGUGCUUCCGGCGAGGAGCAUGAAAGCUGCGGAGGAUGCACGCGCUCGCAUCGUGUCGGAGUACCCUGAGUCAGAAAUCAUCGUGAUGGCGCUUGAUCUGAGUUCUCUGAAUUCGGUUAGAAACUUCGUUGCGCGCUUCCACUCAUUCGGUUUCCCUCUCAAUCUCCUCAUAAACAACGCUGGAAAGUUUGCACACGAGCACGCGAUCACGGAGGAUGGAGUUGAAAUGACCUUCGCCACUAACUAUCUAGGUCAUUUUCUGUUAACAAAGUUGUUGCUGAACACGAUGGUUGAAACGGCGAAGGAGACAGGAGUGCAAGGACGGAUAGUGAAUGUUUCUUCCAGCAUACACGGGUGGUUCACCGGUGAUAUGUUCCGCUAUCUGGCUCUCAUAAGCCGCAAGGCAAGGCAUUACGACGCCACACGUGCUUAUGCUCUUUCGAAGCUCGCUAACGUGUUCCACACUAAGGUGCUUGCACGCAGACUGCAGGAAAUGGAGGCCAACGUGACUGUGAAUUGCGUUCAUCCGGGGAUCGUAAGAACCAGGCUUACCAGAGAGCGUGAAGGUUUACUUACAGAUAUAGUGUUCUUUUUGGCUUCAAAGCUCUUAAAGACGAUUCCCCAGGCAGCUGCAACGACAUGUUAUGUGGCAACAAACCCAAGGCUAUUGAAUGUUUCUGGCAAGUACUUUGGUGACUGCAAUGAAACCUCCACUUCAAAAUUGGGAUCCAACUCGACCGAAGCAGCAAAGUUAUGGGCCGUUUCCGAACUCAUCAUUUCAAAGGGUCCAAAAGCUGCCUUUGACCUGCUCCAGCACCUUCACUUUUAAAGUUAGUUUCUUGGGAUGGGACAGUGUGUAAAAAGAAUAUAUAUUUAGAGCUUUACUGAAUAGGUAGCUAGCUAGGUCUAGAACUCUAGAUGGAAACGGAGAGAAGAUCUCACAUAAUUAUCGUUUUGUUCUCUCUUGGAUCUUAAUACAUUAACUAAAAAGCUAGAUUUGAGAUAAUCUCAAUUUGGAUAUAUCAGAAAGAUAAAUUACACAUUUCAAUGAUUGAUUUCCGAAUCUUUUAAACUCUAA